CAUAUCUUGACCUCCGAACCAUUGAGAGUGACGCGACGUGAACCUCGUUUAGGCCCUUGCACAGUACCUUAACCCUUUAUCCCAUACAAACAACACAUAUACUCCUUUCAAAAUGUAUCACACUCGCAGCACCCGCAUCUAGAUGGCUCCCACUACACCCAGCCCAUCCCAUCGUUCAACAGAACUGUCCCUGAUUGCAUCUGGGAAAGUAACUGCUUUCUUCUCUUCUGGUUUCCUCUCUUCUGGUCCUCUCCUUAGUCUUGGUCCGAUCACACACCAAGCCACGCUUUGUCUUUUUUCAGCGAUACCUCGAAUCGAUAUACCCAAUUUUUGAUACCCCCUUUCCUUAUUCCUGGCAACAAAUCAUCACCACCAACAUCACUGACGACGUACCGGCUACCUGACCCGUCUCUCUCCUGCCUCCCCACCCCUGAUGGACGACCCCCCUGCGUGGGCCGAACCCUGGCCGUUCUGGAAAUUCGGCUUGAAGCAGCGCGAUCUGAACACCACUCUUCACGACAGGUUCAACACCAUCACCACACCCAUCCAAGACUCGGAGGCCUUUCACCAUGACGUCUUUGAGCUGUCUAGCAAGGCAUCGGAUUUGGCCGAGUUCGAGAGGAUGAUGGAGGAUCGCAAGGCGUUGCGGCUCAAGGAGCUGAACGGCAUGCUGGACGACGCCAGUUUCGAGAUCAUCGGCAACCCUCGCCUGAUCGGAACCGAGCAGUGGGGUCUGGCCAUACAGCUGUUCCGCACCAAGUCGCUCGAUUCUCUUGUCCGAUACUUCUCGUCCUACCUCCCCUCCGACCACCCUUGGCACCCUGACUCCGACACUUGCAGCAACAGCACCACUGGUGAUGCCGACCUCCUGAACGGGCCCCAUGCCGACUACGACGGGCCCAUCCUGUUCGACGAGCCUGACGAGGAUGACACCAUCUAUACCCACGAGCAUUCCGAGGCUUUCUCGAGAUGCGACACGGCUGUUGACCACCCCACGCGGUCCAACUCCCUGCGGUCGCAGGAUUCUGGCGUCUCCGUGAACGAGCGUGUGCAGCGGAAAGCAGACCACCAGCCUCACCCAACAUCGCAGGCUAUGUCAGUCCCCGAGUCCGAACCCGAUCACAUUGCAGCAAGCCUGCAGAGCUCGGUGCCCACACUUCACCACGAUGAGGCUCCAUCGCCGUCCGAUGAUCCCGAGACACCAUCUUCUGCAUCCGAUAUUUUGCAGACAGAGGACCAGGCUCAUCGGAAGGACGGCCUGAUGACCACCACGAUCCCGAUCACGCCGCCCACGCCGCAUCCGCAACACCACUUUUCGAUACGAAGCCAUCGCCCCUGCGGAGUCGCAAUUUAUCGUCGUGUCGAUCGUAUCCCCACCACGGCCACCACGACCAUCACAAUCACCACCAGCCUCAUCGAAACCAUCGCGCGGUCGCGCGACAACUACGACAGAGAGAAGGUAGUCUGGAUUGUGACGGAAAGGCGGAGGGUGGUCCUGUAG